CUUAAGCAAUCCCAACACCCCAGGCAGGGCAGAAAGCACCUUUCCAGCUCCAGGACACAACCUCUGCAUAGCGGCAGUCCCGCUGGAAGUCACCUCUGCCACCUUCUUUAGCCAGGAAUGCCACAGACACCCGGGUGCUGUAACCCAGAUGUGCGUGGCAAAAAAGGCAGGCUAAAAAGCCUGCACGAAAACACCAGACAUGGAGGGGGGGACCCGAAGGAGGCCUGAGCGUCAAGCCCAGGCUGUGCGCAAGCGCAGUGCGUCUGAGCCAACGCCCCAGGCCCACGGAAGCCUGCGCUCCCUGCGGUGGGGGCGGGGUGGGACCGGGCCAGCCUCGCUCUGGCUGAGGUAAUUCGACGCCCCAUUGGCUGCCGGCCUCCAGAUCUGAAGAACAGUCUGGUGAGGUCAAGGAGGGAGGCGACCUGUGUGAGACUCAACUCGACGCGCGAUUGGCUGGCGUGAUUGUUGCCGCGGAGAAGCGGAUCCAUGGACCCCAAUGAAACGCCUGCUCUCCACCACUGUUCUGCUGACUCUUCCCCAGCCGAUGAGGCCAGAGUGCCCCAGAAUACAGAGCUUAUUCCCAGGAGACCAGUCAGUCGCUCUCCAACCUGUGCCCGCUGUCGCAACCAUGGGGUCACAGCCCAUCUCAAGGGCCACAAGCGCCUCUGCCUCUUUCAGGCUUGCGAGUGUCACAAAUGUGUCCUCAUCCUGGAACGUCGGAGGGUCAUGGCUGCCCAAGUGGCCUUGCGCAGGCAGCAGGAGGCACAGCUGAAAAGGCACCUGGCUCAGGGACUGAUGAAAGGGGCAACCCCUCUGAAAGCUCCCCUCCGUGUCAAGAAGGGAGCCAUUCGGCCAGGAGUCCCUUCUGGAAAGGAGAACAUAACACCCCAGCCUCAGAGUCCCCAUGGAGCAGUCCCACUGGUACUGACACCCCCUGGGAAGGAGAACUAUGGGCCGCUGCUGCUCAGCCGGCCCCCGGACGCCUUGCCUUUGCCCUGGACUCCGGUGCCUCCUGGGCCUUGGGGCCCUGGACACUGGCUGCCCCCAGGCCUCUCAAUGCCACCUCCAGUGGUGUGCCGCUUGCUGUGCCAAGAACCUGCUGUCCCUCUACAUCCUUUCCCUGGCUUUGACCCUGGCACCUCUCUCCGACUGCCCACUCAUGGGACCCUCCCGACCUGCCCAGGAUCUCGCUCAGUACUGACAGCUCCACUUUCUGGAGAGCCCCAAGGACCCCCUAACCUGCCUCACACAUGUUCAACUCUGAUACUCCAGUCCUGUGGCACCCCAGACUCUCUUCUGCUACAGCCACAGGCCCCUGGAGCCUCCUGCCUGGCCUGGACAUCUGGCCCCUCUGAGCGGCAGCUGCAGCGGGAGGCAGCUGAGGCCCUUGUAGGUCUGAAAGAUUCAUCCCAGGCUCCCCGCCUGACCCCAUCCGUCCCCCCUAACCCAGCCUGGAUCUCUCUGCUCCACCCCUGUGGCCCACCAGCUCCUCCUGGGGGAAGAGGAUUCCAGCCUGUGGGCCCACCUCUCCGGCCCAGUCCAGGUUCCUCUGUCUCUCUGCAUAUUGGGCGUCUGGGAUCCAUCUCCCUCCUCAGCUAGAGAACAGAGGUGGAGGCUACCUCACUGGGACAAAGAGACAACAAACUGCAGGCACUGCAUAUUUGGUAUUUUAUUUUUGAGUUUUGCAUGGGAUUUAAUGUAAUGAAAGCUUCAGCCUUUUUUAUAUAUAUAUAAGCUUUCAGGUUCCUUUUUUAGUGUGGGUAUUUCCUUGGCUGAAGGUGGAUAUUCUUGUAGCCCAUUUGGAUACUAAGUCCCCCAAUAAAGGCAGUUAGAAAGUUUAAAAUGACCCAUAUCUAAAUACAUUUUUUCAUGAGUUUAUGCUCUAUAUAUGCCUGUAUUCUUAUAUAUGUCUCUGGAUGUGAAAAUACAAGAAUAUGUUCACUUUGUAUGUAGGUUUCCGUAAGCAAGAAAUAAACCUUUGCCAUCUAAG